UAGUGGGAGAGCCGGGACGGGCCAAGCUCUUUCCUUUCGCCGCUGCGGCCGCAGCCAUGAGUAUGCUCAGGCUUCAGAAGAGGCUCGCGUCCAGCGUGCUGCGCUGCGGCAAGAAGAAGGUCUGGCUGGACCCCAACGAGACGAAUGAAAUCGCCAAUGCCAACUCGCGUCAGCAGAUCCGGAAGCUGAUCAAAGAUGGGCUGAUAAUCCGGAAGCCUGUGACUGUCCAUUCCCGGGCUCGGUGCCGGAAAAACACACUGGCACGCCGCAAGGGACGGCAUAUGGGCAUAGGUAAGCGCAAAGGUACUGCCAAUGCUCGAAUGCCAGAGAAGGUGACCUGGAUGAGGAGGAUGAGGAUUCUGCGUCGGCUACUCAGAAGAUACCGGGAAUCGAAGAAGAUUGACCGCCAUAUGUAUCACAGCUUGUACCUCAAAGUGAAGGGGAAUGUGUUCAAAAACAAGAGAAUCCUCAUGGAACAUAUCCACAAGCUGAAGGCAGACAAGGCCCGCAAGAAGCUCCUGGCUGACCAGGCUGAGGCCCGCAGGUCUAAGACUAAGGAAGCUCGCAAGCGCCGUGAAGAACGGCUCCAGGCAAAGAAGGAAGAAAUCAUCAAGACUCUGUCCAAGGAGGAAGAGACCAAGAAGUAAACAGUACAAAGAACAAGACACCUUUACCUGUCUGUACAGAGGGCCUUCAUUGCUAUUGAUCAUUGAAUUAAACAAGACUUUGUCUGCAA